UCUUGUGCAUCUACCAUCACCAUGGUAUUCUUGAUCAUCGACCACCAUUCAACUUCCCAGGGGCCUCUGAAUGUUACUACUAGUAGUUCUGAACGGAAAAAAGCCUCGUUAGGGGCACAAUACACCCUGGACCAAAUUGGAUUCUAACAUAUCAAUACCAAGGCUUGGUCGCACGGACGGGCUUACGCAAGAUCUCCGCCAAGGGUAAGGUGAUAUGGGCUGGCGGUCCUCACAGCCACGUUCAUCAGGUUCAUCAACCCAGGUGCAACAAAUGAUGCAAGCAAAAAGAGGAGCGCUGCGUUGGGCCAAGACGGGUUAGUGUCGAUGCCUCAGGGUGGUAAGGCAACCCGCCAAGCGACACAUCCAUCUGCUUCGGGACUAACGCUACACGUGAGACUAUACCGUUCCCUUUUAAGCAUGCCACCGGGCACCAAUCAGGAGACCUCCUGCUCAUUUCCUCCCACUGAUCUGCAUUGUAUCGUCGGCGCACAGCCCUACUGCCGAGAACUGGAGGAAAGGCGAUCCGACAAUGUAACUUUUAAAACUUCUCCGAUAACGAGGCAAUGCUGGCAGUCUGCAUACGUCAUGUAGACAUGAGACUCAAUCGUCUCUUAACUAUAAGAAGAGGGCUAUCAGAUAUGCAUCUAGGCCGAACAAUUUCAACUUGACCGGGUCCAACAGCCACAUAUUGGACAUCAUUAUGCGUCUACUCCAUUAUGCUCUUCCCCUCGCUCCUCUCUGCACCCCUGGAGUAUUGGCCCAAUUUCUGGGUCCAAGCUUCCCGGCCCCUCGAGACCUCACCAGCGAUUCUAGCCGCGUCGCCGCCAGCUGGAAGAAGCUAGACUCAACCCUAAAAGCGAGUCUUAGUCGUCGCAAUGCAAGUGAGAAUAGCGAAUUAUCCCAAUUGAGAGAUUUGACUUUCUCCGUUGGCAUGUUCUCGACCCAUGACCCCGUAGCCCAGCAGCAUCUCCAAAUUCACCACACUAGCGCCGAAGUCGCGAAUUCCUCAGUGGGAAUAAACAAGGUAGAUGGAGAUAGCAUCUAUCGGAUGGCUAGUGUCUCGAAGCUUAUUACGGUCCUUGCGGGUCUCUUAGAACUCGACAGCAGAGACUGGGACCGGCCACUCACCGACAUCUUCCCCGAGAUGGCGGAUUUCGUCCACGAGAAGUCUACUGACUUUCAACCCGUGUAUGACACUCAGUGGGAUAAAAUCACCCUCAACGCAAUCGCGUCACAGAUGGGAGGCAUCCCCCGUGGGGGAAAUUCGGACUUACUAGCUAGCUACGUUAUCGCCAGAGCGUUGAACGCAACGGACCCGGCCGAAACGGAUCCCACCUUUUUGGGUCUCCCCCCUCUGAACGAAAGCGACCUAUCCCUCUGGCAAGCUUGCUGGGGGAGUAACCGACCCUUCUGUGCUGAAGUCCCUUAUGCAGAAGCGGAGGCUAAUGAUUUUCCCGUCUUCCUCCCCUGGGGAAGCCCACAAUAUGCCAAUAAUGGAUAUAUUUUACUAGGCAUGGCAAUUGCGAACCUCACCGGCAAGUCCAUCGAUCAAGUCUAUCGGGAGAGCGUCUUCGAGCCUCUGGGGAUGACCUCUUCUCUCAGUGACCCUCCGGCCGAGAAUGACCCGAACCGUGCGCGCUCGGUCGUUGCAGGACCUGUCGAAGGAUUUGCGAUCGAUGCCGGCGUUACUAAAGCCUCCGGUGGGUUGUUAUCGACUACCAACGAUCUCGCAAAGCUCGGCGUGGCCAUUCUGAAUUCCACACUGCUUCCGGCGGAUCAGACCCGCAAGUGGAUGAAGCCCGGUACCCAUACCGCAGAUCUGCGAUACUCGGUGGGGAAGCCCUGGGAGAUCUACCGCUACGUCCAUCCAGCCUCGGGAAUUGUCACGGAUAUCUACACUAAAAUGGGCGACUCAGGCAACUACGGGGGCCUUCUGGCAUUCUUCCCAGACUUUGACGCGGGAUUCAGCGUCCUCGACGCAAGUUCCCUUACUACCCGGUCCGCAUCGGCUACAUACGUGAUGGACUUAGUCAUUGAGGCUGUUCUUCCAGCCUUGAUGGAUCAAGCCGCUCUAGAAGCCCAGAGCAACUAUGUUGGAACGUACCGUUCCUCGAAUGCCGGACUAAACUCGUCUUUGACUUUGGCGCUGAGUCCGCCGACGCGCCCCUCACCCGGUCUGGUAGUCACCUCCUGGAUCAGCAACGGCACCGAUAUCAUGCCAUACUUAGCAUCAAUUCUCGGUGGCAAAGACACGAGACUAGUGCCUACCAUUUCUGAUGCUGGGGCCACUGGAAAGGUGGCGUUCCGCCCUUACACCCCAACAAGGGAAACAGCAGUUGGAUCGCCGCAAAGACUCGUAUCGCGACUGUACGAUGUCAACGACCUGUAUCUACUCGAUAGUACAAUCUACGGUGGCCAGAGCUUGUCACUGCUUGUGUUUGACAUCGACAAGGAUGGACGGGCUGCGGCGGUGACUCCUGCAGCGUUUCGGGCCACAUUGGACAGGCAGUGAGACUGUGCAUAUCUCACAGCACAUUGAUAUAAUACAUGGAAAGGGAUUCGCCGCGCAGAAAGUGCCGGUGGGUUCUAACUACGAGGCAACUUCAUGCUGUUAAUAUGUCUUUUUUUUUCACGUAUAUAGAACUUCUCUCGUUUUGUUCACCUCUAUC